AUGGAAAUUGCUAGAGCAUUUGGCGCUACUCAAACUGCCUUCUUUACCAAUGCUGAAACUAAACCAAAUGAGGAGGGAAACACUUUAAUUAUUACCGUAUCAUCAGAUCGUGGAUUAUGUGGCGGUAUUCAUUCAAGUGUGUCGAAAGCUUCUCGUAAACAUAUAGAAGAAAAACCAAAUUCGCAAAUUGUUGUAUUAGGUGAUAAAGCAAAAUCCCAACUUUCACGUACAGUUCGGAAUAAUAUAAGGCUUUCGUUUAAUCAAAUUGGAAAAGCUACACCUACUUACGCCGAAGCAUGUGCUAUAGCUGACGUCAUAUUGAAAGAGAAAUUUGAAUUUGAUCAGGCUAUAAUUAUAUAUAAUCAUUUUAAAUCGGUGAUUUCAUAUGAAGCUGAAACGAUUCCAGUAUUUGCGGAAUCUACGUUUUCUAAAUCAGGAAACUUUGAUGCGUACGAAAUUGAAGAUGAUGUAUUAGAAAACCUUCAAGAAUUUGCGUUUGCAAAUUCAAUUUAUUGGGGUCUUGCCGAAGGUCAUGCUUCAGAAAUGGCGUCAAAACGUACUGCAAUGGAAAAUGCUACAAAAAAUGCCGGUGAAAUGAUUGAUAAACUUACGUUAACUUAUAAUCGUGGUAGACAGGCCGUUAUUACCAAUGAAUUAAUCGACAUUAUUACUGGAGCCUCGGCAAUUUAA